AUGGUGUCGAUAGACAUUUCAGAUGAUGAUUUUGUGUACGAAGAGGAGUGUCAGCGAAAUCCACACUCCGUCCAGACCUGGCUCCGGUACAUUGAGCACAAGCAGGAUGGAGGUUUUGAAGGAUUGAACAUGAUUUACGAGCGAGCUUUGAAGCAACUUCCUGGAUCAUACAAGCUCUGGUACAAGUAUCUCCGCGAACGAAGAAGACAAUGCAAGGGCCUUUCCAUCCAGCAUCCCUCGUAUGAAGACGCAAAUAACGCUCACGAGCGCGCCCUGGUCUUCAUGCACAAAAUGCCUCGAAUCUGGAUCGACUACGGCGAGUGGUUAAUGCGACAAGAAUACGUCACUAGAACUCGACGAACAUUUGACAGGGCUCUUCGAGCGCUCCCCGUGACUCAGCACAAUCGAAUCUGGAUGGUCUACAUUAAAUUCUUGAAAAGACAUGACAUCACCGAAACCGCGGUUAGAUGCUUCAGACGAUUUGUGAAGCUCUCGCCCGAAUGCAUUGAGGAAUUUAUUGACUACCUGCUCAAGAACGAUCGAAUGGAUGAAGCUGCGAGAUAUCUUUCAGACAUCGUGAACGACGACAAUUUCAACUCCCGCAACGGUAAAUCGAAGCACCAGCUGUGGCAAGAGCUCUGCGAUCUGAUCGCAAAACAUCCUGACGAGAUCAAGGGAUUGAACGCCGAUGCGAUCAUUCGUUCCGGCUUUAGAAAGUUUACAGAUCAAGUUGGGGAACAAUGGUGUCUCUUGGCCGACUAUUACAUCCGACAGGCGUUGUUUGAGAAAGCCAGAGAUGUUUAUGAAGAAGGAAUUCAGAGUGUUAAGACUGUUAGAGAUUUUACGCAGAUUUUUGAUGCGUUUGCGGCGUUUGAGGAAGAACUGAUUUCUAACUCUAUGCAGGACGUAACCGAUGAAGAUGAACUAGAAAUGCAGCUUGCUCGUUUCGAAGACCUCCUUGAGCGACGACCCUUCCUGGUCAAUUCCGUUCUUCUUCGCCAAAACCCCCACAAUGUCCACGAGUGGCUUAAGCGAGCCGAGCUUUACAAAGAAAAACCUCGUCAGUGCAUCAAUACAUUUACCGAAGCUCUUCAAACUGUCGAUCCGAUGAAAGCAGUCGGCAAGCUUUACAAGUUGUGGGUCGCGUUCGCCAAGUUCUACGAAGAAAACGACCAGAUCGACGAUGCUCGGACGAUUUUCGAGAAAGCGGCGAAGGUGCAGUUCCGAUCUGUGGACGAUUUGGCCGCUGUCUGGUGCGAAUACGCCGAGAUGGAACUCCGUCAAGAGCACUACGAUGGUGCUUUGAGCCUCAUGCGACGAAGCACCGCAAUUCCGAAGAAGCGAGCGAAGUACUUUGACAAUUCCGAGCCCGUGCAAAACCGUGUCUACAGAAGUUUGAAGCUCUGGUCUAUGUACGCUGAUUUAGAGGAGAGUUUUGGCAACUUCAGCAGCACAAAGCAAGUGUACGAAAGAAUAAUUGAUUUGAAAAUUGCAACGCCGCAGAUUAUCCUCAACUUUGCCUUGUUCUUGGAAGAAAAUCAGUAUUUCGAGGAGUCUUUUAAAGCGUACGAGCGAGGUGUGGAACUCUUUACUUGGCCUCAUGUUUUCGACAUUUGGCAGACGUAUCUUGUCAAGUUCCUCGAUCGCUUCAAAGGAAGCAAGUUGGAGCGCGCGCGAGAUUUGUUCGAGCAAUGUAUUCAAGGAAUGCCGACAGAGUUCUCGAAGAAGAUCUUUUUGCUCUACGCAAAGUUGGAGGAAGAACAUGGGUUGGUCAAGCGAUCGAUGGAUAUCUACAAAAAAUCUAUUGAAAAAGUCAAAGAGGAUGAGAAACUCGAGGUCUUUACGAUCUACGUCAAGCGGACGGCGGAACUGCAUGGGAUCACUGCCUGUCGACCAGUUUACGAAGACGCUAUCAACAAGCUCAACGCUGAUGGAAGCCGGGAAAUGUGUAUCCGUUACGCUGAGCUCGAACGAAAACUCGGCGAAACGGACCGAGCGCGGGCUAUUUUCACCCAUGCUGCGAAUCUGUGUAAUCCAGACGUUCACAAGGACUUUUGGUCCAAAUGGGAAUCGUUCGAAACUGAGCACGGAAACGAAGAUACCAUUCGCGAAAUGCUCCGCGUCAAGCGCCAAGUCGCAGCUACUCAUAACACUCAGGUCAAUUACAUGGCCGCUGCUAUGCUUGCUCAAAAUGCUGAACCGACUGGUACAAUCGCCGAUCUCGCUCCUGAUGAGGAAGAUGACGGCGAUGGCGACAUGAGAAUGAUGGAACAGCAAGCAGCCCUGUUGCAUGCGAAGAAGGCGAAAGAAGUCGAGGGUGGAAACAUCCGCUUCGUCGCUUCAAGCACCAAUGCUCUGCUCAAGAAAGAUGCUCCUCCAGCCGAAGCUGUCGGAAACAAGGAUGAAAUCAACCUUGAUGAUGACGACGACGACGAUUCUGCAGGAGAAGAGCCAUCAAUGGACAUCAAGAAGCAGACCAUUCCUGCAGCUGUCUUCGGAAAACUUGCUGAGGACAACUGA